GGGUGGGCUUGCUGCAGUCUCGCCCUUCCCCGUGCGGGGAGGGGAGGGGCGCCAACUCUCGGGAGACCCUGGAGGAAGAGGAAGAGGAGGCGGCCAAGGUCCAGGUCAUAAGGAAAGAAAAUUUUAUGAAGGUUCUCUAAAAAUCUCUAAUCACAGUCGAAACCAUGGUGAUCAUGUCAGAAUUUACCUCAGUCCCCAAUUCAAGUCAGACACAGCAAAGACCCCUCAGGGUUGGAUUUUAUGAUAUUGAAAGAACCUUGGGGAAAGGAAAUUUUGCUGUGGUGAAACUAGCCAGGCAUAGAGUCACCAAAACCCAGGUUGCAAUAAAAAUUAUUGAUAAAGCAAGAUUAGAUCCAAGCAACUUGGAGAAAAUUUAUCGAGAGGUUCAGAUAAUGAAACUUUUAAACCAUCCUCAUAUUAUUAAGCUUUAUCAGGUUAUGGAAACGAAGGAUAUGCUUUACAUUGUCACUGAAUUUGCAAAAAAUGGAGAAAUGUUUGAUUAUUUAACGUCCAAUGGCCAUCUGAGUGAAAAUGAAGCAAGGAAGAAAUUCUGGCAGAUUCUUUCAGCAGUGGAAUACUGCCAUAGCCAUCAUAUAGUUCAUAGGGAUCUCAAAACGGAAAACCUUCUUUUAGAUGCCAGCAUGAAUAUCAAGCUAGCAGAUUUUGGAUUUGGAAAUUUCUAUAAGUCAGGAGAGCCCUUAUCUACUUGGUGUGGAAGUCCCCCAUAUGCUGCCCCAGAAGUUUUUGAAGGGAAGGAAUAUGAAGGGCCCUAUCUUGACAUUUGGAGCCUUGGUGUUGUGUUAUAUGUCCUUGUCUGUGGCUCUCUCCCUUUUGAUGGGCCCAAUUUACCAACUUUAAGACAAAGAGUGUUGGAGGGCCGAUUCCGUAUUCCUUUCUACAUGUCCCAAGGUAUGUAAGAUCUUUAAAGACCUAGGAACUCUGAUAUUUUGUGAUAGUUAAUUAUUUUGGAGAAGCCAAGAGAAGCAGC